CCAAUGGUUGUCAGCGGAAUGAGUGCAGAUACCCGAACUGCACGAAUAGUACCCGAAAUACCCGACUUCCAACCAUGAGCUCUUUCCGCCAUGUAAGCAAAUCCCGAACCCUGCAAGACAGCUAUAUAUCAAAUCCAUCUCCUUCUCUCUACCAAUUCCUUCAACUCUCUCACACCGCAAACAAAAUUCUAACAAUGACCUCCGACCAGCCUCACCUCCUCCUACACACCUACUUCCGUUCCUCCUGCACAGCCCGCGUCCGCACCGCCCUCCACCUCAAAAACCUCCCCUACGAACCCUCCUACCUCCACCUCCUGCAAAAAGAGCACCUAUCCCCCACCUACUCCACCAUAAACCCCUCCGCCAGCGUCCCGACCCUGACCAUCACUCCCUCUUCCGGCCCCAAAAUCGUAAUCCGUCAAUCAGUCGCCAUCCUCGAAUUCCUCGACGAAUACUUCCCCGACACCCCACAAUUAUUACCACCCCUCAGCGACCCCGUAAGGCGCGCCAAGGUCCGGGAACUGGUUAAUAUUUUGGUAGCAGAUGUGCAGCCCCCGACGAAUCUGCGGAAUUUGAGACGUUUGAAAAAGAUCGCUAAGGGAGAUGAGGAAGUUGUGAAUGCGUGGGCGAAGGAGAUUAUGAUUGAGGGGUUGAGGGCUUUUGAUGCGUUGGCGGAGAAGUAUAGUGAGGGAGGACGGUAUAGUGUGGGAGACGAGGUUACGAUGGCGGAUGUGGUGCUUGCGCCGGCAGUGGAGGGGGCUUUUAGGUACGGAGUUGAAGUGAAGAGAUUGGGGACUGUUUGGAGGAUUUAUGAGGAGAUUAAGGGGAUUGAGGCGUUUAGGAGAGGGAGUUGGAAGUGCCAGGAGGAUACGCCUGAGGAGUUGAGGGAGAAGGAAUGAUAAGAAGUGGAUCACAACAGAAGAUAAAAGAUAUCCCUUUGAAGAAGCACCUCAAAAGGAUAAGCAUUAACAAUACUGCCUAUAAUUUACAGUUCUCCAGCCAUAACUGGUGGAUGACUUUGGAAGAUACCAAGUAAAGUAAUCGAACUAUAAAAUUCAAGUAGAGAGUCC